ACUCCAAGCUUCAAUAUCUCCUUCAAUGGAUUUCUAUUUCUCUAACUUCAACGCUUUUCAUGGUUGUAUGUUGCGAGGUGGGCACGGCUAGCAUGUACAAUCCACCAUACACGCCCUCGGCAUGUUAUGGAAACGAUGCUUCUCAAUUUCCGUCUAGUAAUUUGUUUGCGGCAGCCGGAGAGGGGAUAUGGGAUAACGGUGCUGCUUGUGGGAGACAAUAUCUGGUGAGAUGUAUAAGUGCAGUUAUACCACGAACAUGCAUUCCUGGCCAAACGAUUCAAGUUAAGAUCAUCGAUCGAGCAAAAACGUCUGCUUCUAGACCUACGAGCAUGGGUACCACCAUGGUUCUUUCCGACACUGCUUUUGGCACCAUCGCCAAUCAGAUUUCGUCAAUCAACAUUGAAUUUCAGCAGGUGUGAAGAUAGUCAAGGGUGCAAUAGCCAAUACUUUUGUUCAUAUUUAAUCAACGACCAACUUCAACUUAUCUUUUAUACAUAGAUAGAUAGUGAGAGUGGGAAGGGUGACUUAUUAUAUAAUUCUUUAUAUUUGUAUAAUUA